UGUUACUCAACCUCACCAGUCGGUCUCGGUUACCUUAACACCGGCGCCCGAUUCAGUCCACCUACGACCCCUGAAUGCCUUCACUGUAGUACCUUCCACAUCCGAUCUAUUUGGAGAAGACGAUUUAUGACGGGAUAUCUUUAGUACUCCGCGAUUGGACCAGCAAACACGACGUUCAAACAAGUGGAAAGGAAUUCAUCAUAACCGGCGUCCACCGUAACUGGCAGUCAGAAUGGCUUAUAACAUGAAUGACGACGACGACACCCACGAUGAUGGCCGAGCAUUUCUGGAACAGUCCUAUUUCAGUUACAUCAUCCCAUCCGCUACCAAUUUCAAGGCAGACACAACUUCACCACCAAGCUUGCUAGAAGGCAUCAGCCAACGAGAUGUGCUGUUUUUCGAUGAGACCGCUGAUGUCUAUCUUGUACUCCGUACCCCUCGCCAAUAUGAGGAGACACUGCGAUCCUCGCUAUCCCGUAUAGUCGUUACAUUAGAGGCGCAGAUUGUAAACGGACAUGGAUCCGACCGGGAAGGUCCUCCGGCGGCAGAGAUUAUCUACACCGGACUCGUUCCAGACACAGCCGAUGCCAUCAUCUUGAGUCCCGGGGAGGAGGAGCAGGAAAAGGAAAAGGCCGAAGAGGAUGAGAACAGCAUAGCGGAUGAUGGAAAUUCCUACAUUUACGCCAUCUGGAAGAUGCCCGUCUUCGUAUCACGACCAAGGAUGAGACUACAAGCACCCUCCAUCGUCUUCGCAGCAACUGCCGGCUUGAAGCUUCUCGACCCCAGGAAAUCCCGAGACAUGGUCGACGACGGAUACAUGCAAAGUUGCGCACCAGCAGGCCUCAACCUUCUCGAGUCCUUCGCCGACGACCCAAUGCUAGGCGGUAUUCAACCCCGUCUUUCCGCCCUCCGAGUAUCCAGAGUGGCUCCCGUUACACAAACGAAACAGCCACUACGUUUGUUCAGGGGCAUGCAAAGCCUCAGGCUUCGAGUCUAUCCCGUCGUCCACACGCGGGUACGCUUCGCGCGGCCCAACACAAGCCCACCAAGUCCAGCCCUGAUCGCCCUUCUCGAGGUGGACUUCACCCCCUUCUUCGACUGCGAAGCCGCGCUGAACAAGAUCGACCUAGCCGUGACCGACGGCAUGGUCGACGACCUCAACAGCCAAGAUCUCAUGGCCCUCCCCCUGCACUGCGUCGCCCACGACCACCUCACCUUCCUCUACCGGCUCGCACCGCGCCAGCUCGACUACAUCAUCAGCAAGCAGCCCUCCCGAGAGCUCGUCAUCACGGUCGAGGUGGCCGUCCUCGUCCAGCCCCAAGGCGCCGAGCCCUGCACGCCGAAACUGACCAUGUCGUGGACCACGCCCUUGGACUUCACGCUGCCCGUCAACCCGGGCUUCGGCACGCCCAUGACGAAGCCGAUCGAGCGCCGACACAAGCCCAGCCAGCUUUCCAUUUCCGGCGGCGUCGACUCGAUGCCGCUCGUCUCGCCCUCGGUCACCCGCCCGGACGCGCUCCCCUCGCUCGAGGCCUCCAUCACCCACACGCAGCGCAGCUUCGAGACGCCCGUGCCCGACUUUGGGAUAACCGUGACCUUUGUCGGGCCCGACCGGCCCGUGUACGCCGGCGAGGAAUUUGCUUGGACCGUGUUCGUUGUCAACCGCACUAAACCAGCCGAUUCGACUUCCGGCACUUCCACUUCCACCUCCACCACCACCGCCCACGGCACCACCAACGGCCCCAUCGUCACCACCCGCAGCAACAGCAUCAGCAUCACCAACGCCCUCAGCGGCAUCCCCCCCACCAUCCUCACCGAGACCCCCUCCACCACCACCACCUCUGGCUCUGGCUCUGGAAACUCCCCCGCCUCCCAGCGCAAACUAGCCCUCUACGCGCUCCCCAAGCGUCGCCGGAACGAAGUCCGCACGCACCGCGCCCUCUCCACCGCCGCGCCCUCCAACAAGCGCGACCCGCUCAUCGCCGACGCCGUGCUGGACGACAACGUGGUGCACGCGAUGCAGCGCAGCAGCGUGGUGGACAGCACCGAGGUGGUGUGCUUGUCGGCGGACGCGCGCGUGGGGCCCCUAGCGCCGAACGCGUGCGCUGUGGUUGAGUUGCGGUUUUUGGCGCUUAGGGAGGGCGUGUUAGGGAUUGAGGCGGUGCGGAUUGUGGAUUUGGGAAGUCAGGAGCAUGUGGAUGUGAGGGAGUUGCCUGUUAUUGUUGUUAGGGGUGCUGGGAGGAGGGAGGAGGAGGAGGAGGGGGAUGAUGAUGCUAAGGGUGGUGAGGGUGAGGGGGAGGAGGUGUUUGAGGAGGUGUCUGUGGAGUAA